CUGUGGAGCUGCGGUCACACCAACUCCAAACACUCACCACGGUCAGACUGACCGCUUAGAGUGGAGCCAAACUCGUCUUUCCAAAUGUGCGUUAUUACAAUAUUAAUGGGACGAGAAAAAUCGCGACAUUUUGCGGUGGGUCCAGAUAUGCGCAGGAUUCAGUUUGGUUAACUUUGUGCCGGGAGGACAUACAGGGGACUGGAUGUGGACGGGCCAGUGAGCUGCACGCGACUUUCCUUAUCCAAAAUCUCCCCAAUGACAGCGCGGGACUGCAUUAUGAUCAUUGGACUUCUGCUCUACAUCUUCUGUGAGGGUGGCGCUCUGGUGUCAGCCUCUCUGGACUGUGUGUUGGCAGAGCAGGGCUGUGCACAGGACGCGUCCUGUAUGGGACAGUACCGGCUGCUGGAGUACUGCGCAGCUGAGGAGGCCGUAUCUCCUCUCGGGUCAGACGCGCGCCUUGAGUGCCUGGAGGCCCAGCAUGCUUUGCAGUACUAUCGCCCCCUACAGGUGUGCAAGUGUCAACGUGGCUCUAGGCGAGAGGAGCACUGCUUGAAGGUCUACUGGACGGUCCGGUUUGCAGCAUAUGAAGAGUAUGACAUAUCUCCUUAUGAAGAACUGAAGAUCAACCUGGUGAGAAACAUUGAGAUGUCUCAAAUGGCCUCUAUAAUGUCAGCCUCCUCUCUGUCAGUGGAUGGACAGAACCAGUGUCUGAAGGCAGCGCAGGACUGUGGGCUGUAUGAGAAGUGUGGCUCUCUGCGCUCAGAGUAUGUGGUGGCCUGCACCAAGAGAGCAGGCCAGUCCGAUAGCAGCUGUAACCGACAGAAGUGCCACAAAGCCCUGCGCCGCUUCCUGGAGCGUGUCCCGGAGGAAUACAGCUUCGCUCUGCUUUUUUGCCCCUGCUCGGACACUCUGUGCGGCGAGCGGCGACGCAAAACCAUCGUCCCCUCAUGCUCUUAUGAGGAGACAGUGAGAGGAGAGGAGAGAGUGGGCAAACCCAACUGUCUGAGCCUGCACACAUAUUGCACCAAAGACGAGCUGUGCAGAUCACGUUUUGCAGAUUUCCAGCAAAACUGCCAGCCCUCAUCCCAGUCUCCCUCUGGAUGUGUCCGCGAGAGCAGAGCCAUGUGCCUCAAGGCCUACGCUGGACUCAUUGGUACUAUUAUGACUCCAAACUAUGUGAGCAACAGCAGUACAGAGGUGUCCCAGUGGUGCACGUGUGAGGGCAGUGGGAAUGAGUGGCAGGCCUGUCAGCGCAUCCUCACCCUCUUCUCCUCCAACAUCUGUCUACGGAGCGCCAUCAGCUCUAUGGGGGUCUCAGCCGUCCCCCCUCCUCCCCCCUCUGAGGAGAACACGGCAGCACCUGCCCCUCUUCCCUCUGAGCACGUACACCCAGAGAGACUCCACAUCAGCCACAACACCGUCCCAGAAUCCAACAGUAUGGACGAUAGUGAGGAAGAGGAGGCAGAGCAAGAGCAAAGAAGUAAGGAUUUCAACGUGAUCCCUCCAUAUUCAGAGAAGGACUCCAACAUGGACUCUGGAGCAAAGGGCAGCCAGCACGGAGCAGCUGAGCGCCCUCUGCCCAUACUGCUGCUGCUGAUGCUGCCACUGUGCGGGCUGCACUGGGACUGCUGAUGCUUUUCAAGAGUCCUAACCACCAAUGGAAUAGAUCACUUCUAUUUAACUGUGUUGUGUUAAACUGUGCAGCUUCAUUCCGUACAUGCCACUGUAUCAUAAUGAUAUCAUAGUUUCCAUUGGGAGGCUGCAUAGUGUUUGGAGGCUAUGCACUUUCCAAUGCAACCGUCACCAACUGUCAAGACUUGAACUGGCACAAAGUGCGACUGAAUUAUUAUCAUAAUCAUAUGUACAUAUGCAUUUAGUAUAGAUAGACUGAUGCCGUGGUGUAGUGGCAGGUGUACUGACACACUAAUGUCAAUGCCAGAGGAGGCACAAUAGGUGAGCUGUUGCUCAAGGACAAAGACACAUCUGCAGAAUGAAAUGGAAGGAGGAAGGAUUUGACCAACAACUUUACAUUAUGUGGGCAUUUACCGCAGUCUCAAAAACAUGGAGGUGCCAAACGCUGGUACAGCUGAAAGCAUCUGAAGUAAAAGUGCUGAAAGGACCAUAGUGGCUCUAGUCUGCGUUGUCCCCAUUUUAACAAGAGCACAUGGCCUAGAGCCACACUUAUGUGAACAUGCUUAAAAAACAAGUUUGCUGCAGCUGGCUUGAGUGUGCACUUUUGAUUUCUACAUGACUCAUGUCCCAUCCGCCAUUCUGUCGGCCCUUUGGCUCUUCCUCUCAUCUCAAACUCUAUGGUCGAGCAAGAUAAUCCACUUUACAACACUCUCAUCAGAACACCACUUAACCUUCUUUGUGGCAGUUAUAGAAGUUUGUUGUAGAAAAGUGAUAAGUCAGGAAGAAGCAACAACAGUUUAGACUGAUUGAGCAUAGUUAACAGUAGCCACUUUUGUUAACCCACAAUUCGACUAUAGGCCAAAGUAAUAGCAAACAACAAAAUUCUUUUGUGUGAGUUAUGUGUAGAAACGCAACAUAAGCAAUUACUGCACUGUACCGAUUGUGAGUCUAGGAAGUCUAGUAAGUCUAGGAAAAGGCUCAGGGGAGCAAAUAGCCAAUUUACUGUUGUCAGCCCCUUUCACGAUGUAUCCGCUACAAGAUGUGUUUUUAGUGCUGCUUCCAUAUCACAGAGAGAGAGAUGCAGCAAUACACAGGCGGACAGUAGCGUCUGUGGCACCACCACCUUUCUCUCUUUGUCCCUCGCUUUAUCACCCUCUUUCUCUUAGCUUUAAAUAUAUUUUGCUGAUGUUAAUAGUUUUUCUCUCAUAGCUCGUUUUGGGGUGAAAUUGCUCAGCUGCAGGGAAGUACUGUAGGUAAUACACGGGAAGUUUGUUAAAGAGACAAAUUAUGCUCAUUUUAAAACACUGGAGAUGUUCCAAAUGUUGCAAUUCAAGUAGAAAUGCAAGUAUAUACAAGUCAGCAAUCCACUAUAUGUCCAAGUAACACAUCCACAAUAUGGACAUCUUAUCACUCUGUUUUCUACUACAAUGAUAAAGAGGCACUGUUCAUCAUUCUCUGUAACUGUGAAAAUAAAAAAUAAAUGAAUAAAGCAUUACUAAAAUAAAUAUAGAAUCAAAAAUAUUGUAUAAACAUGGUCCAUAAACAUGUUUUAAAAUGCAUAAUGCUUUAAAUUAAACAUUUGCUCCAAACUCCCUUUGAGCCCUGCCAUUGCUGAAUACAGUCAUUAUAAUCAUAGACAGAUGAACUGUUUUGCUGACCUCAUGGCACUUUGUUAUACUUCAGUAAGAAGGAGUUUCACUGAUUAUGUCAAUGGCAAGAGUUAUUACUGUGUCCAGUGUUUUGGCCUAAAAGAGUGUGUAAUCCACAUGUUUAUAAUUGUAAACUUUGUAAAAUACAUCAUCUGUGUUUAUGAGCACUUGUAAUCCAAAUAUGUAUUUCACAAAUGUGAAUACAUUUUACAUUAAAAUGAAUGACAGGGAGACCAUGUAAAGAUCUUUGUAAAGACAUGCCACAUACUGCAAAUAGUUCACAAUAUGGUCGUAAGUGUGUGACAUAAAACAAUGUACCUGUUGAAACAAUAAAAAACACAAUUCAAUG